GGUCUAACAUUCUGAAGAUUUUCUUCAAAAUGUUUUUGCAACUUGGAUACAAGUUUUUCUACCUAGGAAGGAAGAAAUGAUUUUGAAGUACAUUAAAGAAAUUAUUUUCCCCUCCAUGACACUGCUUGGCACUCUGGGAAACAUGUUUGUUUCUGUGAAUUAUAUCUUCAGUUGGUGGGGAAGUCCUGAGAAGAAACCCAUACAUGUUAUUCUGAUCCACCUGGCUUUUACAAACAUCCUAAUCCUUCUUACAAAAGGAUUGCAAAAGACAGUAGCAGCUUUUGGUUUGAGAAACUUCCUGGAUGACAUAGGUUGUAAGAGCAUUGUUUACCUGGAGAGGGUGGCCCGGGGCCUCUCCAUCUGCACCAGCAGUCUCCUCACUGUGGUCCAGGCCAUCAUCAUCAGUCCCAGAGCAUCUAGGUGGGGGAGGCUCAGGCCAAAGUCUGCAUGGCACAUCCUUCCACUCUUCUCAUUCUUUUGGAUACUCAAUGGUUUAAUAAGUAUGAACCUAAUCCAUUCCAUCACAGGUACAGGUUUUAAUAUAUCACAGCUUGAGAAUAGUGACAGCUAUUGCUAUUUUAUGCAAGAAAGUCAGGGAAUAAAAUGGAUUGUUCUCCCUCUCAUGGUCCUGAGAGAUGCAGUGUUUCAGGGCGCCAUGGGAGGGGCCAGUGGCUACAUGGUAUUUCUUCUCCACAAGCACCACCAGCAUGUCUUCUACCUUCAGAACUCCAAGCUUCUCUACAGAACUCCUCCUGAGCUGAGAGCUGCUCAAAGUGUCCUCCUUCUGAUGCUCUGUUUUGUUUUCUUCUACUGGGCAGAUUGUGCAUUUUCUCUAAUUUUAAGUCUCUCUUCAAGGGACAAAACCUUGAUGGAAAAUACUCAAGAAUUUCUGGCCCUUGGUUAUGCAAGUUUUAGCCCUUUUGUGCUGAUUCACAGGGAUGGGCUUCUGGUUGAUUGUUGGCAUGCUCAGUGGGAGAAAUUGAGAAAAUGUCACUUUCAUUUAAAUGUCCAAUAGGUGUCAGAGUAAACUCAGUUGUUCAGUAUUGUGGGUAAGACAAAGUU